GCCACGGCUGGUACUCUCCACUGUGAGGCCGCUCGCGUUGAUUCUCCACGUGAAACCUGCUCACUCACGCCCUUGCACCUCCCACCUCUCAGGCUGCCAGUGCACACUGCUGUAGCGCUGUUUCGUUACGUGAGUUAAGGUCGCCUGCAAGGAGUAAGUGGCGCAUACUGCAGUCCACGGAACGUGUGUGAGAGAACGGUACGUGAGCCAGUGUUUGUGAAAGUGUGGUGUGGUGCUGGUGGCUCGCUAUCAUGUGUUCCCAGUAACAAAACAUAUGGCCCAGCUGUGGAAGGAUUGUACCUCACCCCCUUCGUACACCCGCAUCCACCAUUACCACCAGCUGAGCACCGCCAGCUGAGUUAUGUUCCCCAACGGCUACGGGAAUGGGUAUCCGCCGGCGGGACCCACCAUGCCCAACGGUGGCGGCGGCGCCUACUAUGUCCAGAAUGGGAUACGCCCUAUCCUCAACGGCGUGCCAGCUGGGAGAGGUCGAUGGAUGUCCAACCGUGCGUCUCACCCAACUGACCUAGAGUUUCCAAUGGGUCCGCCACGGCAGGCAACGCCACACACGCAGCCUGGGCAGUUCCACCCCCCACAGAUGACUCAGCCUCACCCCACAGGCCACUUCCAACCCAUGCAGUACCACCAGGCUUCGGGAGGUAAGCACGAGGCCACACCUACCAUGCAGUUUCGGCAGCCCCAGGGAGUGUUUUACCCACCAAACAGUCAACACCAGCAGAUGAAGCCAGGUGCAGGACAAGUCCCACAAAGGGAGCGCAAGACGCUAGCAAUUGUAGACCCUAGUACUGGUAAAAACAUUCUUGAUGACAUGAACAAUGCCAAGUUUGACAAGAGCCCAACUCCUCCCCAGUCAUCAGAGUCUAGUGCUAGUAACACUCCAGCACCAAGCGGAACGCCACCAAAUAAAGCAGAAUCGGCACACAUAGCAGCGCAAUUUGCCGCAGAAGUAGCAAAAAAAGCAGCAGAAAAGGAUACUAUGGAAAUAGAGACAGUAGAUAAUGUAGUUAGGACUAAUAAACCAAGUGAGUCUAGCUCUAGUAAUGUAAUAAAUAGUGUUAGUAGAGAAAGUAAAGAUAAAUUGAACAAUAGCAUAGCAAGUAAGGCCGAGUCAGUGAAUAGUGAAACAGUGGACAGUGUUGGAAAGGCAGUUCCUGAAUCAGUGGAGGUCACCAAACCUCAGCCCAAACAGCAGCAACAACAACAACAACAACAACAACAGCAGCAGCAACAACAACAACAGCAGCAACAACAGCAACAGCAGCAGCAAGACUCUCAGCCAUUGCCACCACAGCCGAUGCCUCAGCAAGCUCAGCAGCCUUUGCAGCAGUUGCCACAGCAGCAACCACAACAGUUGCCACAGCAGCAACCACCACCACCACAACAGCAUCAGCCACAGCAGCCACCACCGCAGAUACAGCAACAGCCACCACAGCAUCAAGCACAGAAGCAGAAGUCCCCAGCUCCACAGCAGCCAGUACAGCCCCAGGCCCAGCCCCAGGCCCAGCCCCAGGCCCAGCCCCAGGCCCAGCCCCAGGCACAGCCCCAGGCCCAGCCCCAGGCCCAGCCCCAGGCACAGCCCCAGGCACAGCCCCAGGCACAGCCCCAGGUACAGCCCCAGGCACAGCCCCAGGCCCAGGCCCAGCCCCAGGCACAGGCCCAGCCGCAGCCCCAGGCCCAGCCCCAGCCGCAGCCCCAGCCGCAGCCCCAGCCGCAGCCCCAACCUCAGUCCCAGCCGCCCCCACAGCAACAGCAGCAGCAGGCUCAGCCCCAGGCCCCGCCCCCACACCAGCCCCAGAUCCCCCCCCAGGCCCAGCCACAGGUGGCCCCACAGGCCCAGCCGAAGGCGCAGCCCCAACCCCAGGCACCGGCCCAGCCGCCACCGCAAAAGCCAGUACAGCAGCAGCAACAGCCGUUGCCAGCAUUGCCACAGCAGCCGUCAGAACCAACCCCCCCUCAGACACAACCGCAGCAGCAGCCACUGCCGCAGAGGCAACAGCAACCACAGCAGUCACAGCAACAGCCGUCACCACCACAACAGCAGCAGCAACAGCAACCCCAACCCCCACCCCAACAGCAGCUACAGAACUCGCAGCCGCCUCAGCCGCAGGGCCAGAAGCGCCCCGAGCCGUCGCCGAAGCCGGAGAUCGUGGUGCCGCCUCUGAAGAUCCCCCAGCAGCCGGAGGCUAAGGAGAGCGCGGCCAGCAAGCCUGAGCCCGAGGCGGCCCCCGCCAAGCAGGCGAGCAGCAAGGCAGCCCCUGCGCCCGCGCCCAAGCAGAAGAAGGAGGAGAAGGAGAAGGAGAAGGAGGAGAAAGAGGAGAAGAAGGAGAAGGAGAAGAAGGAGAAGGAGAAGGAAAAGGAGAAGGAGAAGGAGAAGGAGAAGGAAAAGGAGCCCACGCCCGAGCCGCAGCCAGUGCAAGGCAAGCGUGGAAGGGGGGUUCCCCGAGAAGAAACCACACCAGCCAGAGAGACUGUGGAGGAGCCCCCAGCUCAGCCCCAGCAGCCGCAGUUACCAAGCCAACCCCAGAAAGCUGCAACACCACCUGCAGCUCAAAAUGCCACCAAACCCACUAGCCAGCCUGUUGUUCAGCCUCCAAAGGAGAAGACGCCAGAGCUAGCUCAGCCUGUGAAAUCACAGUUGCCACCAGUGCAGAAACCGGCCUCUGCUCCCUCCUCCAAAGAGGCAACACCCCAGCCAGAGUCCUCCCCCUCCCCCCCUGAGGAGGUGCCUAGCGACCGUGCCUCGAAGGAAAGGGAAGUGAACAGCAUAGAGCGAGAAGUCAACAAUGUUCAUGACGAGGAGGAGGAGAAGGAUGAUGGCCCUCAGCUGAAGUACAACUAUAAGGAUGAUCAGUGGAGCCCUGUAAAUCCUGAUGGUAAACGUCAGUAUGACCGCAGAUUUCUCCUUGAGCUCCAGAAUAACCCACUCUCCCUUAAGAAGCCUGAGUCCCUCCCCAACUUGGAGGUGGUCCGUGAUGGUCCAGGAAGGCUUAAGCCUUUCGACCGGGGUGUAGGGGUUACACAUGGCAGCAGUGGCCCAGACUUUACUCCUGAUUACUUCAAGUCUACAGUUCCAAGCAAGAGAGGAGUACCAGGGCGCAAUAGCCAACAGCGCCGAGAACCAGGAGGUGGACCUGGGAGCAGAAAUGACAGAGAAGGAAGGGGCCGUGGGCAGAGUAAGGUCAUCAUCAUCCCUCUCUCAACGGGACGUGAAACUAAGCUGAAGACAACAGAAAAUGCUUGGAAACCUUCUGUUAAGGAGUCAAGUAUGGUUGAUGAGGAAGCUCAGACUAUUGAGGUGGUGAAGAGGAUGAGAGGCAUCUUGAAUAAAUUGACUCCAGAGAAGUUUGAGAAACUUGUUGAUACAGUCAAUCAGAUGCCCAUUGACACCACAGAAAGACUUUCAGCUGUGAUUGAUCUUAUUUUUGAAAAGGCUGUGGAUGAGCAGGGUUUUUCUUCAACCUAUGCUCAGAUGUGUCAAGUACUCUCCAAAAUGUCUGUCCGUGGGGAAGGUUCAGACUCCGGCAACAGUGGCAAGUCUGAAGUUAAAUUUAGGAAUCUUAUAAUUAAUAAGUGCCAGAAAGAGUUUGAAAAAGAUAAUAUGGAAGAAUUUAAGGCAACCAGACGGAAAGAAAUAGAUGAAUGUCCUGAUGCUGAUAAGAAACAAGAAUUGUUACUGAAAUUAGAUUUUGAUGAGACCAAAUUAAGAAAAAGGUCUGUUGGCAACAUUAGGUUUAUUGGAGAGCUAUAUAAGCUACGCAUGUUGACGUCACCGAUUAUGAUGCGCAUUAUCGGUACACUAUUGGAAAAGAGAGAUGAAGAGUCCCUUGAGUGCCUAUGUAAACUUCUUACUACAAUUGGCAAGCUCUUGGAAACACAGUGCAACCAGCAACCAAAGGCAAUGCAAGAAUUGGAUAAACAUUUUCUACAGAUGGAGAAAAUAGUGAACGACCGCAAAACCAAUAGCCGUGUUAGGUUCCUAAUGAUGGAUGUGAUUGACUUGAGGCGAAACAAGUGGAUUCCAAGAAGAGAAGACAGCAAGCCCAAAACCAAGGCUCAGGUCCAUGAGGAAGCAAAGAGAGAGGAGAUUGAGCAGCAGAUUGCCCUUGCUUCUACUCCAAACCGAAGAGAUGAUAGAAGAGAUGAUAGGAGAGAUGACCGUAAGCGGAGCCGUGAUAACCGCGGACCUCCUAUGUCUGAGGAUGGAUGGAAUACAGUUGCAUCCACCAAGAAUAGGGCAUCGUUUGAUUCUUCACGCCUCAAAAAUACUUUUAAUAGGCCGGGAGCAGCCGAGGGCAAGGAAGUAACAUUGAGAGGUACAGGAUUCAGCAAUUGGGCACGUGGCAGCUCAGGGGGUGGCUUGAAGGACCACGAUGAAGCAAAGCAAGAAAGUAAUAGGUUUAAUGUGCUGGGAGAUAGUAUGGGAAACAACUCUCUACUUAAUGAUAAUAGAAGAGGAGUUCCUUCAUCAAUGGGGCUAAUGUCCCGUUCCAGUGGAAACAGACUGGCUCCUGGAGGAGGGCCACCAAGGCAAGGUGUCUUUAGCAGUAAGAGUAUGCCGCCUCCUUCCAAUGACAAGGAAAGUGCCUUGUCUGCAGUCAAGAAGUUUGUUGGCCCUGACCGAAGCAAAUCUACUAGUCGUCCAGAAUCAAGGGAUAACUCAGUGCCUAGGGAAACUGGUGAAUCUCUUAAGGGUUCUCCAAAUAUGAAUUCAGCCAUGGCUGAAAAGUUUGCCAUUGCAAUCAUUGAGGAAUUCACCCAUAAUAAUGAUCCUGAGGAGGCCAAGUUGUGUGUCAAAGAGAAGUUCUCCACCAGCACCAUCAAGUACUUUGUGCAGGUAACGUUAGAUUGGGUGCUAGAUCGUGAUUCGACAAAGAGGAGGAUGGUUGGACAGUUUUAUCAUGACCUCAUUGUUGAAAAACUCCUCUCGAUUGAUCAGUUCCUAGAAGGUGGCCAAGAAACUCUGUCAAUGACAGAAGAUUUUGCAAUUGAUAUUCCUCAAGUGUGUGAUUACUUUGGUGAAAUAUUUGCUCCUUGCCUGAAUGACAAUGCAGUUUCGCUUCAACGACUCUGGGAUUUAUCAAGAUAUGCUGAAAAUAAGAGUGCUGAUGUCUUUGCCAGUAUAUUAGCCAGGGCUGCUAAGAUUAUUAGUCCCAAUAAAGUAGCCGAUCUCUGGAAUUCAUCAGGACUAAGUUGGUCUAGUAUAGUUCCUCCUGGUGCCAAUGUUGAGGAGUUCCUUGCCAAGCGUCAUGUGGAGUUCACAGUUGACCGUAGCAAGUCUGGAAAUCAAGGUGGAUGGAACCCUCAGAAGGUCGAGUCUGAGAUUAUUAGGUUGUUUAAGAGAGCAACUAAUGAAGAAAUAUUCAGCUGGAUUGAUGCAAAUAUUGGAAAAGAUGUUAAGAGCAGCAAAUUCAUACGUGCCUUGGUGACCGCCUUAGUGGAAAGUCAAGCUAUGACUUCCAAUGAUGGUUCCUCAAUCCGUGUUACUGAUGACUUUGAGGAGAAAUUGAAGAAACGUUUGGCUGUGGUGCUCAAAUAUGUGGACAGCAGUGACAAGUUAGAACUACAGUGUAUUUAUGCUCUACAAGCUAUCAGUGUGAAGCAUCAACAUCCCCCAGGUCUUCUAGAAAAGUGUUUUAAUGCCUUCUAUGACUCUGAAGUUGUGUCUGAAGAGGCCUUUGACGAGUGGGCCAAGUCUCUGGAUCCAGAGGAGCAGGAGGGAAAAGGAGUUUGUGUUAACCUUGUUAAGAGCUUCAUGCGAUGGUUAAAAGAAGCUGAAGUAGAAGAAGGAGAAACUCAUACCUAAGCUCCUUUUAAAUAUGAACCCUAUAAUCUUCCCUCAGUAGCUGCCCACUAUACCAGGUCAAGUUCUUUUGUAACUGAUGGACGCGGAUAUACAAGGAAAUGUGAGCAAAGAUGAAGUGAAGUUGGAGCCAAAGCCAGAUAUAAUUGCGCCACAAUCUAGUGAAGUGUCAAGCCUGGCAGAAGAGGCAGAUGCUGCUAUAUAUACACCCACCCUUUUCCCCUUAAAGUGAUGGGGUGCCACUGGCUGGAGCUCAGACCGUCUCCCUGUUGUCUCGCUCUCGGAAGGAGAGAGAGCUACACUGCAGGCAAGACCUGAGUGAUGGCUGGAGCAUGAGGUGGACUCGGACUUAGUCAUGCUGCCCUAAUGUGUUUUUUAUAUUGUAAAUUAGUGCAUAUGCACACGGACAAAUGGUUAAUAGUGUUCUGUGAAAGUGCGUAUAGUGAGUUAUAAGAAUGUUUUGUAAUAUUUGCUAGGGUGAGCAUCAGUUGCAUAUUAAUUGUUAUUGUGUUAUAAAAUAGUAAAAUGGAAAACUGCAUUCCCUUCACUUCCAAGAUAAUGAGUGAUUGUAUAGAGGAUAUAUGCAUUUAGAUACUUGAAGCUCAGUUACUUGUUUACAGCUUGGCUCCUCAUAUGUUUUGUAAAUUAUGGCUCAAAUUCUGUGAUUUAUUUUGUAUAUUUAUAUAAAUAUUUAAAAAGUCAUGUACAGACCCGAGCAUGUGCCUAUGGCUGGAGGAUAUGCUUGCUGGCUGCUGUCAACUCAUGAACUCUCCCAUUAUUCAGGGACAUCGACCCACUGUUGAGUUUGAAUAUGCAAAAUGUGACAUUUGCAACCUGCAGCGAGUCGCUGUGUGUCCCGUUGAGUGCUUGCUACUCUGCUAGUUGUUAUGCCGAGGCAGCCGGGCCCCGGCCUGUGCCCUGGACUGUGUGACCUACAGGCAUGGCAGUGAUCUCCCAUGACCAUGCCUGACACGACCAUCCCCUUCCUAGGCAGACGCUUGAUCCGUGCUGUCCCUUUUUUGCUGCUGCUGUGCUUUGCUACAGAUUACAGUGAUUGCUGCCCUGUUAUGAGUACAUUUUUUGUGGCAUAAAUACUGUGACCUGUUUUGACCAGACGGACUCGUGACCACGUGCUAAUUAGUGAGUUGGGCACAGGACGGAGUUCAACUUCUCGUAUCGUUAAUGCGGUAAUAUAAGCAAAAUGGAAAACUGGGGUUAUAUUUAAGAUGAAGUGCUAUAAAUGAAUAUUGUAAACCAUAUCGCCUCUGAAAAUAAAUUUAAUAUUUACAAA